UCCACACUGUAAUGGUGUGUUUUGAGCCUUCUGUCUCCUUGUUCUUAAAUUUGCUUUCUGUCAACGUCUCUUUCCAGCCACAUUUUACUUUGGUCUGGUUCCAAAGUUUAUUUUUGCUCUUGCAUUGUUGGCUGGGGGACAGAGUUCAACUCUUUCCUUUCCCACUUGUUCUUUCUCUCUUUGUGUGUGUCUCUUUCUCAAUCUUUCACGUGUGACUGUGUCCUUACAAAACUCAGAGCUAGCACACAGCCUGUGGAACUUCAUCGCAAGGUCGGUGGUGCUUAGUGAGGGGCCGUGUAAAAGAGGGUUGUAGAGAAGAACCCACUGUGCAGUGAGUGUGUGUGUGGUGUGUGAGUGAGUGAGUGUGUGUGUGAGUGGACAGGGCUGUCAGUCAUGGGUUUGCUGGCGUGGAUAAAGAGCCUGUUCAUCCUACACCUCUUGAUUGGUUUUGUGUUUGUGGUGAGCGGCCUCAUCAUCAACUUCAUACAGCUCUGCACCUGCGUGCUAUGGCCCAUCGACAAACAACUCUACCGAAGGAUCAACACCAGACUCUCCUACUCGCUAUGGAGCCAGUUGGUGAUGUUGCUGGAGUGGUGGUCUGACACAGACUGUGUGCUGUACACAGAUCAGGCCACAGUUGAUAAGUUCGGUAAGGAGCACGUGAUCAUCAUUCUCAACCACAACUUUGAGAUCGACUUCCUGUGUGGCUGGACCAUUUGUGAAAGAUACGGCGUGCUGGGGAGCUCUAAGGUUUUGGCUAAACAUGAACUGCUGAAAGUGCCUCUGAUUGGCUGGACGUGGUACUUCCUGGAAAUCGUUUUUUGCAAGAGGAAGUGGGAGGAAGACAGGGACACUGUUUUCAAAGGACUAAACAGUCUCAAAGAUUACCCAGAAUACAUGUGGUUCCUGUUGUACUGUGAAGGAACGAGGUUUACCGAAAAGAAACAUCAGAUAAGCAUGCAGGUUGCAGAGUCGAAAGGACUCCCCAAACUCAAAUAUCACCUGCUGCCCCGCACCAAAGGAUUUACCACUACACUGCAUUGCCUGAAGGGAACAGUGAAAGCUGUGUAUGAUGUUACACUGAACUUCAAAGACAAACAGAACCCAACCCUGCUGGGCGUUCUUAAUGGGAAGAAAUACACAGCAGACUUGAGCGUCAGACGCUUCCCUGUGGAGGAGAUCCCAGAUGAUGAAAAGGAGUGUGCUCAAUGGUUACACAAGCUCUACCAAGAGAAGGAUGCAUUACAAGAAUAUUAUGAGAAGGAGGGAUGUUACCCAGGAACCUCUAUUAAACCCAAACGUCGACUUUGGACGCUGCUGAACUUCCUGUUGUGGGCGACGCUUCUGCUGUCUCCGCUUAUUAAUUUUGCUUGGGAUGUGUUUGUCAGCGGCUCCCCCCUCCUCAUCAUCGGCUUCAUGAUCUUUCUCAUUGUCGCUUCUUUAGCAGUCCGUCGGCUCAUCGGAGUGACUGAAGUUAACAAAACGGGCUCCAGCUACGGCAACGUGGAGGCUAAGAAAGAAAACUGAAAGCGUCGACACUGUGUGACCACUGUACCGUUUACCCUGCACUCCAGCCUUGAGCACUGAGCUGCCCCGUGUGCAGUUAUCCCUAUUUUUACAUAAUAUAAAAUGAAUGAAACCGUAAAAUCUCUUCAAUGCAGCAUUGGGGAUAUAGAUGUUUAACUCUAGAUACAACUUAAGAUGCUAAUGUAAAAACGCCAUGAAUAAUAUCAUUUUUAUCAGCUAACUAAAUGUGUGAGAUGAAAACGAAAUGUUUAUUUGAUGCAGGUUAAAGGCGAGAUCUUUCCAAGCUUAGAAAUAAAAUGAAGCUGAGUGAUACAGAUCACCUUUUCUUAGCUCCGCCCCUUUAACUGUGCACCUCUCCAGUAAGGGACCACAAGUAGGUGCAUGGUCUUGCAUUUUCUCAAAUAAGUAAUUUUCAAGCCCACUUUCUGUCAAUAUUUUUUAUUUUACUGUAAGGGCCACAUCAUGGACCCCACCAUUCAGUGAGACUUUAUUUUAACAAUCAAACUUUUGCGUUACAAGCCAACAAGGCAUUGUGAAUGAGAAGACCUCCCUACCCAGGGCAGCCAGCCAAUCAGAGAUGAGGUGGUCACAGGUAGACCCUUUUAGGGGGUCUUAUGCUGCUAAGACAUUGGUACAGCAAUAUAUAUGGGUUAAGCAGGGUUUAGUAGCAUGUCUAUUUAUCUAUAACAUUUCUCCCCCUUUAAAACAUUUCUCAUAAUGGUGUCUUCAUCAUUGUACUUGAAUAAGGAGUAUGUGUUUUUAAGGGUAUAUGUACUCUCUUCACCUUUAUCUCUUUAUCUUUAUUUAAGGUAGUUUUGUCUACCAUAAUGGUCUUUACCAUGUUACUCGCCCACUUUAACCAUGUGUAACGUAAAAAAUCUAUAGGGCUAAAGAGUUAAGAAAGCGGUGUUAAGAAAAGCUGAAUGACCAAGAAAACAAUAAACGCAAAGAUUGUGAAACUUUUUAGUGUGAUAACUUAUGACUUGAGUUGUAAAUAAACUAGAAAAUUCUUCUGGACUUCAAGGGGUUUCUGGUAACUUGUUUCCUAAUAGCACUGAACAAUCCCAAAAUCUUGCUUUGGGUGUAUGUGAGUGUCAUUUGUGCAUAUGAGCACAUAAUGAUCAGUGUAAAACAAAUCCAUUAGGCUUUUAACAUUGUUUCUGUUUUUAAAGUUGUCUGCUAUUGUACAAUUUUAACAAAACCGCUUGUUGUUUAAUCGCAUAGUAAUCGAAUAACACCAGAUGUUUGCAAGCCUUAAAAUGACAGAAAAGUGCAGCUUUAUUCGGUGUUCGUAUAGCGUGAGCCCCUUUUACCUUGCAACAGUCCAGCGUGGUUGGGAUUUGUGUGAAUUGCGUAGCUCAGGGCAGUUUGGCUGACUCGCAGCUAAAGUCAUGGUGGUACAUGCCGACUAUGGUACUGUAAAACGGCGUUUGAUAUACAAGUAAUUGCACAGAAAAACUGUGUGUGAUACGCUUGUGAAAUAUAUAAGAUGUAGGUUACAUAUAGGGUUAAAGACCAAAGUUAAUAAAACUAAAAUAUGGGAAUGCCGCUUUGAGUUUUACCUAACCCCAUUUGGGAGUUAAUAUGCCCAUGUGAAUUUUAUUUUUAACAUUUUUAGAGCGACUGAUUUGAUUUGUUUUGGCUGAAAUAUGCUUUAAUUACAGGAAAUGUUUUUGUGUAUUUUGGUUAUACGUUCAUAAAGCAGAUUCACUGCACGAAUCGGUAAGUUUGCUGAUUUGGGAUCAGGUUUGCAGCUAAUGCGGGUAUGGACAGGGAAAGAGUCUGAGCCCAGGUCAGCUGUUGUGUGACACCAGGUUUUCCUCUGCUUCUACUAAACAUUGCUACUGUAUAAAAUUGAUGGGCCACCACUAGUUCAUGGUGAGAUUAGGGACCGACACUAAAUAUCAAGAAGUGCUUGCUAAUUUGAGUUUGGUCCCUUGUGUUUUAACAAAUUUUUAGAGGGGUGUGAACAAAGGCAACGUAGUACUUGAAGCUUAGUCUGUUUAAAUCUCACAACUUUUUUGUAUUCUCUUCAGAUCAAUUAAAGCAUUCACUAUAUGAAUAAAACUGGAGUUGCUUUGUUUCAUUCUGCAAAUCCACCAAAAGGGAGUCUUAAUAUCUGUUUUGUGUGUAAUUGUAAAGAAGCAUACAAUUAUUUUUCUUUGUUAUGAACGGAAAAUGGUUUUUAUUGUAAAAAAGCUGGUACCCCU